CAUGAGCAGCUACCCAGAUGGUGUUCAGUAAUUUGGAAGCUUUUUAGGGUUUAGGGUUUAUGGAUGUGUGGAACCCAGGAUUGUGAACGAAAGCAAAGUGCUCACAGAGCUCUUAAAGUCAGUAAUCAAGCUGCAGCUGCUUUUGAGGUUCUGUAGUUUAGUAGAUGGUUUUGAGGAUUUGGGCUUGUUUCCUAAGGUGGAGGUUUGCAUAUAUUUAUAUAUAUAUAUAUAUAUAUAUAUAUAUUUAUUGAUAGAUAGAUACAACCGUAGGCCUUGAGUUGUCACCAAAUUGAUUUUGUGGGUUUAGGGUUUAGGAAUGGAUUUCAUGGAGCAGCAUGAGAUUGUGGCGACAGCGGGGUACAUUCUGGAUCGUGGGUUUACUCGUGUUGCUUUGCAAUUCCCUGACGAGCUUCUGCACGCCAGUGUUGAGGUCACGUCGUUGCUUCUCUCUGCUUUGAGCGAAAGAAAUAUUUCUCAUGGCGUGAAGUUGUUUGUCAUGGCGGAUACCACAUAUGGUAGCUGCUGUGUUGACGAGGUAGCCGCUGCUCAUGUGGACGCGCAGUGCGUCAUACAUUACGGCCAUACGUGUCUUAGCCAGACAUCUCGCCUUCCUGUAUUCUUUGUCUUCGGCCGAGGGCGGAUCGAUGCAUAUCGUUGUAGCCAAGCGAUUAUGAAUUUUGAUUCUAACCAGGGUCAACCAGUCGUGGUCUUGUUUGGAUUGCAAUAUGCACACGCAGUGGAGGACAUUCGAAGAGAGGUAGAUGCCGGUAGAGAUGGUGGUGGCGGCGCCCGGACAGUUGUGUUUGCGGAGAUCCCGAGACAUGAGAUGGAGCCAGUUCGAAAUUCGGAUUCGUGUUCUGGACUUCAUGGAUCCGGUGGUUGUUCGCAAGGGGCUUGUACUCCACGAGUGUGCGAUGGUGGUCAAGUGUCUUCCGCAUGCUCGACACGUUCGAAUUCCAACGCUGCUUGUGUGAAAAGCCCACGAGUUGCUUCAGAGCAGGACUUGAAGCAAGACAGGGCGAAGACUGCACAAUUGGCUGAGAUUAUAGGAGGUCUGAAAUGGUAUGUACCGAAGGGUACGACGAUGGAGGAUGUUGCGAUUCUUUGGAUCGGGGAUGAAGGGGCAGCACUCACGAAUUUAUUACUAACUUAUAACAAGAAUAAUAUAAUGAGGUAUAAUGCAGACAAUGAUGUUUUGGUGAAAGACUUACCGAGCAAGAGCAGAGAUCUAAUGCGAAGGUUUGCUCUUGUUGAACGUGCAAAAGAAGCGAGCAUCGUUGGGAUUGUAGUCGGCACUUUGGGUGUUGCCGGAUACAACGAAUCAAUUCGGCGUGUACGAGAGAUAGUUGCUGCAGCAGGUAAAAAAUCAUAUACGAUGCUUAUGGGCAGGCCCAAUCCAGCGAAACUUGCAAAUUUUCCCGAGUGUGAUGUAUUUGUACUUGUGGCAUGUGCCCAAACAAUACUUCUAGAUAGCAAAGAGUACCUCGCUCCUCUUAUCACACCCUUCGAAGCAGAAUUGGCGUUUGUUGAAGGCAAAGAGUGGACUGGGGCCUUCAGUCUGGAAUUGGGGUCGCUACCGAAACCUGGGGAAGAACCAUCGUACAAUGAAGCUGAAGCUCGAACCUUUCCUUCGGAUGAUGAUGAAAACAGAGAAUCAGUUCUAUCAGAAGUUUCUGGACGUGCUCUACAAUUGCGUCCUCCAGUAUCUUCUUUGGCUGUUGCUAGUUCUGGGCGUACAAGCACUGGAGCAACGUCGAGCUCAGAGUAUUUGGCUCUCCGCAGCUAUCAAGGAUUGGAGAUGCAUGAUUCUGAAGCCGCACAGGACACCUCCAUCACUGAUUCAGCUAUUGCUGCCAGUUAUGAAGUUGUGGAAGGACGAACUGGACGAGCAGCAGGAUACAGCGAUGAAGCUGCAAAUAUGUAGCGAAACCACCCUCUGCAAUGAAGGAUUGCAUGCGAGUUUGAGAGUUUUCUUUCCUCACAUGCUUCAACGGUUUUUUUUCGGUAAUUCGUAGUUAUGUAAAGUAGAUGAUUUUUAGCCGAGCUUUAUUGAUAGGACGGAUAAGCCUUGUGAUUGAAAGGUUUAAACAUGGUUUCGAUUGGUCAAUUAGGUUCUUCUUCAGCUUGUAUGCUGUAUUAGAAUUUAGGAUGGUCCAUUCUUUAAUCACUUGGCAAAAGAAACACUUACACAAAAUGUAAAUUCUAACUAAAACUUUUUAAAAGAGUUUUAUUUGUUAAGAGA